CGCCACUCUGGCGCUUCACCAUCUACACAUUCGUCCUUGAAUUUACCGUAGUUCUAAGAGCCUUUCUCACUCGUAUCCUAAAUACGGAGAUGUACGCGUCGCGCACCGCCCCCUUCCCUAGCAACAAAAUGACCGACCCGGGAGCCAUCAUAUAAAACUUCGAAGUCCCCUACCGCAGCCAGAGAUCUGACUUCAGCAUCACACAGCAUCGAACUGCGCAUGGUUACGCUCGGUUACUGUUUACUCCUGCAUUACCUACAUUGGACACGUCUGUCGGCCGGCACUCGAGAGCAACGAGCACCUUGCCUUCAAGGCUUGACUUAGUUCCGUUGGUCCCAGCGUGUACCAUAUAAACCCCCCCCCUUCUGUGCGGUCACGGACAUUCCGGCACUAUGGCGAAUUCUGAACCAGUCGAGUGGAAGCUCUGGAGCUACACGCCCUCUCUUGCUGGCGGCAUCAUCGCAGCUAUCAUUUUCUUUAUUCUCACCGGCUUUCACGCCUUCCGCCUCGUUCAAAACCGAACAUGGUUCUGUAUUCCGUUCGUCAUCGGAGGUCUGUUUGAGGCUGUCGGCUAUGCUGGGCGGGCAGCUGCCCACAAUGAUACAGAAGCCAAAAUUCCCUACAUUAUCCAAUCGGUCCUCAUCCUCCUGGCGCCAAUUCUCUUUGCAGCAUCCAUUUAUAUGAUCCUUAGUCGCCUUAUCCUACGCACCGACUCCACAUCCCUCUCCAUCGUCCGCCCACGCUGGGUCACAAAGAUCUUUGUCUGUGGAGACAUCUUAUGCUUCUUUGUACAGUCGGGGGGAGCUGGAAUGCUAGUGCAAGCGGAUGAUCAAGACGCCGUGAAAAGAGGCGAAAAUGUCAUUCUAGGCGGUCUGAUCCUACAAAUCCUCGUCUUUGGGUUCUUCGUUGUGGUUACGGGUGUUUGGCACAGGAGGUUGGGUGACAGGCCUACCGUUGCGGCGAAUGAGGUGCCCUGGAAGAAGUACAUUUGGCUGCUGUAUGCGGCAAGUGCUUGCAUUACGAUUCGAAACACGUGCCGUGUUGUAGAGUAUGCGCUAGGACGGGAUGGAUACCUCCUCACACACGAGUGGACCCUCUAUUUCUACGACUUCCUGCCUAUGAUAAUCACCCUUACCGUUUGCGUCGCUUGGUACGAUCCAAAUAUUAGCCCACGCAAGCAUGCCGACUUUGAGAUCGGGAUGACACACUCAAGGUAGCUUUGACGGCGCGAGGGCUUGGCUGAAGAGCUUCAGCUUGCUCUGAGCCGAGCCCGAAGGGCGUGCAUAGCUGGGGUGAAAAUCGGGGUGGACUGCGUAUAUGGUGCGUGGAAGCCCCAC